UAACUAUAAACCCCUCAUUUUCUCUCUCUUACUCUAAUUUCCCCCGAUCUCUCUCUCUUGCAGGAACUUUCUCUCUCUAAAAUUCUAUUAUCUGUAUACACCUAUAGAUACAUACACCGACACCUGGGGGUGUUGAUUGCUGAUGCGAUUGUGCGCUUGAUUCUGAUUUAAUCGCAGAUAGAUCUGAGAGUCGGGAGCGAAAAUGUUGACGAAGUUCGAGACAAAGAGCAAUAGAGUGAAGGGACUGAGCUUCCAUAGUAAGAGGCCGUGGAUCCUCGCGAGUCUCCACAGCGGGGUGAUCCAGCUAUGGGACUAUCGUAUGGGGACUCUGAUCGAUCGAUUUGACGAGCAUGAAGGACCAGUUCGCGGUGUUCAUUUCCACAAAUCUCAGCCUCUCUUUGUGUCUGGAGGGGAUGAUUACAAAAUUAAAGUUUGGAACUACAAGCUGCAUAGGUGUCUUUUUACUCUUCUUGGACACCUUGAUUAUAUUCGAACCGUGCAGUUCCAUCAUGAGAACCCAUGGAUUGUAAGUGCCAGUGAUGAUCAGACUAUUCGCAUGUGGAACUGGCAGUCACGCACUUGUAUUUCUGUGCUAACGGGCCACAACCAUUAUGUUAUGUGCGCUUCCUUCCACCCCAAAGAAGAUCUUGUUGUGUCAGCCUCUCUUGAUCAGACAGUUCGUGUUUGGGAUAUUGGUGCCUUGAAGAAGAAAACUGGAUCUCCUCCUGGGGAUGACAUGCUGCGUUUGAGUCAGAUGAAUACAGAUCUUUUUGGUGGUAUCGAUGCUGUUGUGAAGUAUGUUUUGGAGGGCCAUGAUCGAGGUGUUAAUUGGGCUGCAUUCCACCCCACCCUUCCUCUGAUUGUCUCAGGAGCAGAUGAUCGCCAAGUUAAAUUGUGGCGGAUGAAUGAUACAAAAGCUUGGGAAGUGGACACAUUGAGGGGGCACAUGAACAAUGUUUCAUGUGUUAUGUUCCAUGCCAAACAGGACAUAAUUGUAUCCAAUUCAGAAGACAAAAGUAUUCGUGUGUGGGAUGCAACAAGGCGAACUGGGCUCCAAACAUUUCGCAGAGAACAUGAUCGGUUUUGGAUUCUUGCAGCUCACCCUGAGAUGAACCUUUUGGCAGCAGGUCAUGACAGUGGCAUGAUUGUAUUUAAGUUAGAGAGAGAACGGCCAGCAUUUUCAGUGAGUGGUGAUAGUCUCUUUUAUGUUAAAGAACGGUUUCUGCGGUCCUAUGAAUUUUCAAGUCAAAAGGAUGCACAAGUUGCUCCAAUUAGACGCCCUGGUUCCACCAGUUUAAAUCAAAGUCCUAGAACUCUCAGUUACAGCCCUACAGAAAAUGCCAUCCUCGUAUGCUCAGAUGCUGAGGGGGGCUCUUAUGAAUUGUAUACCAUACCUAAGGACAGCAUUAGUAGGGGUGAUAACGUGCCAGAUGCAAAGAGAGGUGUUGGGGGCUCUGCUGUUUUCGUGGCUCGUAAUCGAUUUGCUGUUCUUGAUAGAAGCAGCAACCAAGUAUUGGUUAAGAAUCUGAAAAAUGAGAUUGUGAAGAAAAGUGCCCUUCCAAUUGCUGCUGAUGCCAUAUUCUAUGCUGGAACUGGUAACUUGCUUUGUAGAGCAGAGGAUAGAGUGGUUAUAUUCGAUCUGCAGCAGAGGUUGGUUCUCGGUGAUCUUCAAACUCCCUUUGUCAAGUAUGUUGUUUGGUCUAGUGACAUGGAAAAUGUUGCAUUGCUUAGCAAGCAUGCUAUCAUCAUUGCCAGCAAGAAGCUUGUGCACCAGUGCACUCUUCAUGAAACAAUCCGUGUCAAGAGUGGUGCUUGGGAUGACAAUGGCAUAUUCCUCUAUACAACUCUAAAUCAUAUUAAGUACUGCCUCCCGAAUGGAGAUAGUGGAAUAAUUAGAACCCUGGAUGUUCCAAUUUACAUCAUGAAGGUUUCUGGAAAUGCCAUAUUUUGCUUGGAUCGGGAUGGGAAAAACAGAGCCAUAGUUAUGGAUGCCACAGAAUAUAUUUUCAAGCUGUCCCUACUGAAGAAGAGAUAUGACCGUGUUAUGAGCAUGAUAAGGAGCUCACAACUCUGUGGGCAGGCAAUGAUUGCUUAUCUUCAGCAGAAGGGUUUUCCUGAAGUUGCUCUACAUUUUGUGAAAGAUGAGAGAAAUCGUUUCAAUCUGGCUCUGGAGAGUGGAAAUAUUCAAAUUGCUGUUGCAUCAGCUACGGCAAUUGAUGAAAAAGAUCAUUGGUACAGGUUGGGGGUAGAGGCUCUUCGUCAGGGUAAUGCAGGUAUUGUUGAGUAUGCCUACCAGAAGACAAAAAAUUUUGAGAGGUUAUCCUUCCUGUAUCUCAUAACUGGUAACACGGACAAGCUAUCCAAGAUGCUGAAAAUUGCCGAGGUUAAGAAUGAUGUCAUGGGCCAAUUCCACAAUGCUUUGUAUUUAGGUGAUGUUCGAGAACGUAUCAAGAUCUUAGAGAAUGUGGGUCACCUGCCACUUGCCCACAUCACAGCGUCAGUUCAUGGACUUCAUGACAUUGCUGAGCGUUUAGCUGUUGAAUUGGGAGACAACAUUCCUUCUUUGCCGAAAGGGAAAGUGCCUACCCUUAUGAUGCCCCCAACUCCUGUCAUGUGCGGUGGUGAUUGGCCUCUUCUAAGGGUAAUGAAAGGCAUAUUUGAAGGAGGUCUGGAUAAUAUUGGUAGGGGCGCUGCAGUUGAAGAGGAUGAAGCUGCUGCUGAUUGUGACUGGGGUGAGGAGCUGGACAUGGUUGAUGUUGACGGCUUACAGAAUGGGGAUGUCUCUGCAAUAUUGGAAGAUGGAGAAGCGGCUGAAGAAAAUGAUGAAGAGGGAGGAUGGGACCUUGAAGAUUUGGAGCUGCCUCCUGAAGCAGACACUCCAAAGGCUUCUGCAAAUGCAAGGUCUUCUGUUUUUGUUGCUCCAACUCCUGGCAUGCCUGUAAGCCAGAUUUGGACCCAGAGAUCGUCCCUUGCUGCUGAACAUGCAGCAGCGGGCAACUUUGAUACUGCAAUGCGGUGGCUUAACAGGCAGCUUGGAAUCAAAAACUUCGCUCCUUUGAAAUCCAUGUUUCUCGAUCUCCACAAUGGCAGCCAUUCAUAUCUACGAGCAUUUUCCUCUGCUCCAGUGAUAUCACUAGCAGUUGAACGUGGGUGGAAUGAAUCUGCUAGCCCGAAUGUGAGGGGCCCUCCAGCACUUGUGUUCAAUUUCUCACAGUUGGAAGAAAAACUCAAAGCUGGAUACAAGGCUACCACUUCUGGGAAGUUCACUGAAGCUCUUCGCCUCUUUCUUAACAUUCUUCACACAAUUCCUCUGAUUGUUGUUGAGUCUAGAAGGGAGGUCGAUGAAGUCAAGGAGCUGAUUAUUAUUGUCAAGGAGUAUGUGCUAGGCUUGCAAAUGGAGCUGAAGAGGAGGGAAAUCAAAGACAAUCCGGUACGCCAGCAGGAGCUAGCAGCCUAUUUCACUCACUGCAACCUCCAGCUGCCACACUUAAGGCUUGCUUUGCUAAAUGCCAUGACUGUUUGCUACAAGGCAAAGAACCUUGCUACCGCUGCUAACUUUGCCAGGCGGCUUUUGGAGACCAAUCCCACCAUUGAGAACCAAGCUAAGACCGCAAGACAAGUGCUGCAGGCUGCUGAGAGGAACAUGACUGAUGCGUCGCGGCUGAACUACGAUUUUAGGAACCCAUUUGUGAUUUGUGGAGCAACUUAUGUGCCGAUUUACCGAGGACAAAAGGAUGUUUCCUGCCCAUACUGUAGUUCACGGUUUGUGCCAAGCCAGGAUGGUCAGAUCUGUACCGUUUGUGAUCUUGCUGUUGUUGGAGCAGAUGCUUCUGGGUUGCUGUGUUCUCCAUCUCAGAUUCGAUGAAGCUGCUUAACCAGGAGAAUUAUUUGACCUUUUUUUUUUUCCUGCACAUCCUUUUGGCAGCAGAGGCAAUUAUGUGGACUCAUUUGUAUCUGUUGGUAAGAGGUAAGAAAUUCUAUAGAAGAGUUCGAUUUCAAAUGAGUCAUUUGGUGCUAUCUCUUUUCCUUCAGGCUAUCCCUUUUUGUUUUUCUUUAAAUAGUUUAUUAUGCUUUUCAAUGUAAUAAACAGAUUCAGAAUUUUGUUUUCGGCUUUUCUUGUUUAUUGCAAGAAUGGUCAAGGCCCAUGUUAAAAUAGAUGAUGGUUAUAGGAAGGAUACUUUACUUAUCAAUGUAUGCAAAAUUUGCUUAUCCUUGUGAUGAUUUGAAUAUCAAUUUGUUGGCUAUGAAAGUAA